AUGGAGUUUGACCUCUUGUCGCAUGUCUCUUACAAUUUCCAGCUUGCGGCUCAGGUUGUUGAUGCUGUCCCCUCUUCCCAGGUGCCACUGGUCAUAGAAUUGCCUCAGGCAGAUUGGCCCCGUGCCGCACUUGUGCCGUUGGUCUCUGGCGCAGUUGCGUCAUACUGGGGCUUCCAGAAUGCCACUGCGCCGGAGCUUGACAAUCAGCAGCUGGCCCAGGAGGUUUUGAAAAUGGCCUAUCGCAGUGCAAGUUGGUGGGACAUUGCGCAGAAGGCAUAUGAACCCAAGCCUUCAGACCUGAAGAUGACCAUACAAAGCUUUCUUCAACAAGCCCGUGUCUUGCGACCCCAGCAGCUUGCAGCCGAAUUGCAGGCGCGAGGUUGUGAGAGAGUUGAAGAUCUGACAGCUUUGCUUGAGCGUGAUCCUGAUCUGUGGGCGAGGAUACGCAUGCAUUCUGGCCACCAGAAGAGGUUACUUCAAGACCUUCAAUUUAGCAUCGAUGGUUUGUGGCAGCAACACUCACUGGUGCCUGCGCCUAUUGCUUGCAAGUCAAUGCUUGGUCUUGUGCAGAAGCAAAAGUCUUCCUGCUUUCUACAGCCCACAGCGAGCAUUGUGCUUGCAGAUCGUCGUGUAAGGCAGGUUUGCAAGCUUCAAGCAGAGACUCGGGUUUUGUCCUUCGACAUCCUGAGGAGUCGAAUCGUAAAUACAAAGGUGGAGCAGUGCCCUCGAGAGUCUCUGGGGCAUCUAAGUCAUCGUGUGAUGAGAAAUCUUUGUGACACCGAAGAUUGCCUAUGGAAAGUAACCCUUCUUGAUCAAGCGAUGAAGCCAUAUCACCUUGUGGUGCUUGCAGGUCAGCUGCUCUGGGGCCUUACAGACAAAGGCUACUCUUGGCUUCGUACUGGCCUGAGCCAUGGGGCAUGUGAGUUCCCUUCCCUAUGCGUUGGUGAUAUGCUUCUGCACUUCCGGAAACAUCCAUGUGUGGUGGUUGAGAUGAUUCCUUUACCAUCGAAGAUUUGCUCAGAUCGCUUCGUUCAACUUCACUUGAAGGGUGCCCCGACCAUUUUUGUGGAUGGCUUCCUCGCCUUGGCAGUCUUUCGGUCGAUUGUCAAGUUCUACGAGACCAAGCAGUACAAGAAAGGGGUCAAGGCUGCGGAUUCGAUCCUGAAGAAGCAUCCGGACCAUGGCGAGACCUUGUGCAUGAAGGGGUUGACCUUGAGCUAUCUGGACCGCAAAGAAGAAGCCUAUGAGCUGGUCCGGAAGGGCGUGAAGUGCGACCUGAAAAGCCACGUCUGCUGGCACGUCUUUGGUCUUCUCUAUCGACAAGAUCGAGACUAUCAUGAGGCAGUGAAGUGCUAUAGACAGGCCUUGCGCUUCGAUCCCGAGAACAUCCAGAUCCUUCGGGACCUCUCCCUCUUGCAGAUCCACCGGCGGGACGUGACGGGCUUCGCCGAGACCCGGAGGAAGUUGCUGCAGGCUUCGGUGCUUCCCUGUGCCGAGGCUUCAGAGACGGCUGGCAGGUUGCCUAAUUGUCAGGUUGCCUGGAAGGGGCUCCCGAUGCGUUUCCAGGUGAAGCCUUCCAACCGCAUCAACUGGGUCCUGACCAACCUUGGGGCUCUUGCUUUGGUCCGGCGGCUGUCGGUGUCGGUCCCAUCUCCGAACGUCACUCAUGGGAGAGUGGCUCAUCAGGAGCAGGACCAGGUUUCGGACUACGAGAACUCUGAGCUUCACCUCUACAAGGUCCGUCACCCAAAAGUGGCACUUCUGGCCAUGAAGCGUGCUCUUGGUGGUGCGUCGUGUGCAGGGAUCUUGGACAGUGAGCCGAGGCCUCCAUUAUGGAAGAAGCCGGAAAGUUUGAGGACAGGGAAGCAGAGAAACACAUCGCGAUGGAUGAGGUACCCAUAG